CGCAAUUUUCCCACUAAACAGACUCGAACACUUGAUCGAGCAGCAGCCACCUAUGUCUCUUUUCGAAUCCAAUCCAUCAACUAUUAGGAUUAUCUUCUUCACCACCGUCUUCAUCCUGCUAUGCCCAGCCCUCGCCAGAAACCCCCACAUCAUUAACUUCCGAUCACCUAACCUCUAUCCGGAGGGCAUUGCGUGGGACCCAUCAGCACAGCACUUCCUCGUUGGCUCCCUCCACCACCGCACCAUAAAUUCCAUCUCUGACGCCGGCGUUGUCCAGACGCUAAUCUCGGACCCCACACUCCCCGUUAACACCAGUAUUCUGGGCCUCACGGUGGACCGCACCACCAAUCGCCUCCUCGCGGCUGUCCACUCCGACGCUCCUCUCCCUCCUUUCAACGCCCUUGCCGCCUACGACCUCCGCACCCGUGAACGCCUAUUCCUCUCCAUCCUCCAAUCCCCCAACGAGGAUACCGAAGUACAAGAUGGCAUCGAGACCCCCACCACCCGCCGCCAGGUCGCGAAUGACGUGGCGGUGGACUUCAAGGGGAACGCCUACGUCACUAAUUCCGCCGGAAAUUUCAUCUGGAAGGUAAACGCAAACGGAGAGUCAUCGAUCUUUUCCAGAUCUCCGCUUUUCACCCGAUAUCCAAUAGACCCAAAUGACCCGUACAACUAUAGCGGACUCAACGGGAUUGCUUACAUCAGCAAAGGGUACUUGCUGGUGGUGCAAACAAACACAGGCAAGAUGUUCAAGGUGGAUGCCGACGACGGGACGGCGAGGCUGGUUCUGUUGCCCGAGGAGUUGACUUGGGUAGACGGAAUGGCAGUGCGGAAAGACGGCGUCGUUUUGGCAGUGUCGCACAAGAAGCUGUGGUUCCUGAAGAGUGAUGAUAGCUGGGGUGAGGGUGUGGUAUAUGACAAAAUUGCCCUUGAUGAGGAAGGGUUUGCAUCUUCAGUAAUAGUAGGAGCAGAGGACAGGGUAUAUGUGUUAUAUGGGCAUGUUCUGGAAGGUACAAUGGGGAAAGUGCAAGGCAGGGAAGUUUUUAGAAUAGAGGAAGUGAGGUCGGAGAAGGAGAGUGGGGGGCAAAAGGUUUGGAUUUUAGUAAUGGUUGGGUUGGGUUUGGCUUAUUUCCUGUUUUGGAGGUUCCAGAUGAAGCAGCUGGUUACAAACAUGGAUAAAAAGACUAAUUAGUGUUCUUUUCCACAGAGCCGACCCACACAGUUGAGUCUCACAACUCACAAUAAAGAGCACGGUGAAUGCAUACCAAUUCACAAGUCCCGUUAAGUGAGACUACUGUUAUGUUAGAUUGUGAGAUUCAAUGUUUUUCUUUCUUAAAUUUCAAAGUUUUAUUGUGAAAUAAGAUUGUAUGUACAUGGUUUCCUUCUAUUGAUGUGGGCUUAUUUUGCAAAUUGUGUUAGGAAGGAUUCCACAAGUAGGCUCUUCCAUGUACUAAUUCCUUUGUUAUUGCGAAUGAAUGAAAUCCGCCCGC